AUGAUCAUUCCCAGGACCAUCAUCGGGCUCUUACUCGCUCUGCCCGCAACUGCACUACCAUGGCCACAACCAUUCAUGGAAUCGUCCGACCCACUCGAGCACAACUCAACCCUCUAUUCUCGAGCUGACCCCGCAGAUUUCUACCUACGAAUCUUACCCCUAGGUGCAUCCAUCGUGGCAGGAGAGUAUUCUCAAGACAAGGCCAAGAACGGCUUCCGGAAGUUUACCCGUGAUAAGCUACGUGAGCGGGGAUGGAAGGUCAACAUGGUUGGCACCAAGAAUGGUGGAACCAUGGCAGAUAACGACCACGAGGCUAUCUCUGGAGAAGUUGUGACAUCCAUUGCUAAGCGCGGCCGUGAUGCCGCCAAGAUAUGGCUGCCUAACGUGGUACUGGUUAAUGCAGGAACAAACGAUGCCAACGGCAAGCAGGAUGAUGUCAAUGCUGGACGUACCGGCCUUCAAAUGAAGGAGCUCAUCGAAGGCAUAUUUGCAGAGGUUCCCCAAGCUGUUGUGGUUCUGUCUACUCUAAUCCCAAAGGUCGGCAAUGAAGACUACGUGGUCAAGAUUAACGAGCAGUAUCGUACUGUCUACCGCCAGUUCGUGCCUUUGAACAAGGAUGGCAAAGAGGAACCUGAUCCGCAGUUCAAGGUCAUCCUGGCUGAGAUGCAGCCAUUUCUGACUCUCAAUGACAUUCAUGAUAAAACACACCCGACUAUCUUGGGUGAAAGGAAGAUGGCAGCUGUUUGGGACUGGGCUAUUGGUGUUGCCCAUGACCGAGGCUGGAUCAAAGCGCCCAAGCAGAGCAGCGCGUUUUCGGAUGGCGAAGGCUCCUCGACAUGUUUCAAGAAGUUCGGAAGCGGCGCUUCAGACAAUAGGAGCGGCCGACAGAUUCUAUAUGCGAGCGACCCGGCCAUUCGCGACGAUGGCACUUACCGACACGCGUCGCAGCUUCGUGACGACCGCAAGGGAAGUUUCACCAAUGCCGUUGGCGGUGGCCCAGACAAGGACAUGACCAAGACGUCGGAUAUGUGGUUUGCGCAGCUCGUCAACUCUCAGAACUCCCCCAAGGGCGAUGAACGCGAUGAGUUGAUUCUGGCGCCUUCGGACAAGUCGGAUCGCAGACUGGUCAUGUACCUUAACAACGGCGUCGGAGAGUUCAACGAUGCAUUCCAGAUUGAUCCAAAGAUGAGCUGUUCCAACGCUCAUGUUCGAUGGGGCGAUGUUAACGGUGAUGGUUUGGAUGAUUUCAUCUGUAUCCAGGAGAACGGAGAGCUUUACGUCUCAAUCAACAAGGGUGGCAGCCCUCCUACCUUCCAGAAUGUUGGUCUCUACAAGCAGCAGGAGAUGGGCCUUGGCCGUGACCGAGUGCGUCUCGGAGAUAUGGAUGGUGAUGGGCGCCUCGAUUACUGCCUUAUCUCAAACGCCGGAAAUAUUCACUGUUGGAGAAACGGAGGUAUAGGAGACAAGGCUGCAUAUUGGCAGGACAUGGGCCAAGGAGCCCACAUUUUUGCGUCGCAAAACACAGGUGAUAUGCGUGGUGUACAGCUGGUCGACGUCAACGGAGACGGUCGGUACGACUGGACAUGGAUGAGUAAGGAGGGUCAAGUCAAGACAUUCAUCAACCAGAGAGGUGACGGCAAAGGUAUGAAGCCCUACUGGCGCGAGGCCGGAAUUACCCAUGCUGGCCGUGGCUACAACAUCGGUGAGGACCGGGAGUUCAUCAAAUGGGGUCGUAUCCUCAGCGGACGGCCUUCGUACAUCAACUGGAGCCGCGAGGGUAAGCUUUGCAACGGAGGCGUCAUCUGUCGUAUUGAGUACCAGGUUUGGGAGAACAAAGGCGAGGGGGGUACUUCGCAGAAGGGCGACGGCAUAUUUUGGGGCGAUACGACUGGUAAGGGUGUGGACGACUAUGUUUGGAUCUCGAUGCACGGUGAGGUCAACGUGUUUGUCAACAAGAAUACCCGCGGCAAGCACGACUUCUACGAGACCAAUGCCUGGGCAGCGCCCAAGAUGAUCAAGACUGGUCUCCCACGCCGAGCACUUCACUUGGCCGACUGGGAUGGCGAUGGUAAAGACGAUAUUAUUGGCGUGACCAACCUGGAAACGGGUGCUCUCAAGGUCUGGUUCAGUCGCUGGAAUGGAGCGCAGCACAACUGGGAGGAACAAGCUAUCCCCAACCCUCCUGGCAGAGAAUGGUGCACCCAAGGGUUUGGCCGAUUACCAUUCGACAAUGCUCACCACUUUGCUGACCUGACAGGCUCCGGGCGAACAGACUACAUCUGCAUGGCGCCGUCCGGUCAGGCCUGGGCUUGGUUCCGAGGCAAAGAUGGCGUGGCUAAGGCUUCGGGACAGAUCAAGUACCAUGAGGACUUGGACCGAGCAAACUUCCAGUUCGCUGAUGUUAACGGCGAUGGUAAUGCCGAUCUGUUGCACAAGGAUAAGUUCAGCGGCGAUACACAAGUUUGGUACUUCAACAAAGUCGUGACUGAAGCAGAACGGGCUGGAAACUCUGGCAGCAUCAUCAAAUGGGAUCGACCUGAGAAGCUGUUCCAGGGAUCAGUCAAAGGACCCGACACUCACUACCCUCGUCUGAACAACCAGGGUCGUGCUGAUAUGGUCUACGCACAGGCCACAAGUGCAAAGGCCAAUAUCUCAUUUAACACAUGUCCCGCCGGAGGAGAUGACAAGGAGACCGACACAGACCUGCCCUCGUACACUCCUCCAGACCUCGACCCGAAACCCGACGACGAUUGGUUCUGUGAGGGAGGCAAUGGCGCCAGAUGGUCACCCGAUCUCUGGCGCCAGCACGGCGUUGGCACUUGGCUCAAGCAGAGGACCGACCUCUAUAGUGCAGCCGAGAACAGCUGGCCACAGGACGCAGACGGUGUUCCGCGUGUUAUCGCCGAGUACGACGUUUUCUACCGCGACACAGCCUUUAACUUCGACCCUUCUUGUAGGAGAAUCACCGACACUUGCAGUUUUGAGAAUGCCGUUGAGACUGCCAGCAAGUGUAAGGAUAACCAGGAAAGAGCCUUUUCCCUUUGGGCGAUGGGCAAUUUUGCAAAGUUCCAACAAAAGUGGUACAAAGCAAUCAAAGACGGUGUGGAUGAGGCCGCACUGUCGGCCGGAUCUAUUGCCAAGACGUUCCUGGUCACUUCCCCCGAAACAUCGCUCGCCAAUCCCGCCGCCUGGCUCACCAUCGUAGCAGGCAUGUUCACAAGUAUUGGUGCUGUGGCCCCUGGUAUCGCUGUUGCUUCCAAUGUGGCUGCUGGUGUCUUUACCAUCGGCGCCGGCGCUGCGUCUUUUGGCGCAGAUGAUGUCGACUCUGGCCCCAUGUUCGAUUCGUUUGCUGACUUGAGCUCUUCGCUUGGUAAAAUGCUCGAGUGGACGCGGAAAAACAUGGGGGCCCAGUUCAACCGGUACUUUGUUGAUACGCCUCCCAACAACAAUAGGGAGCGCGGAUCUGAGCUGGCUCGCAUUCUCGAGUCAGGUGUCUGGGCAGACCAAGACGUGACCGAUCCCGAAUACAAGGACAUCUGGACGAUCGACGACGUCAAGUCUAUGGUUCAAGGCGCCAUGAUCAGUGAGAUGUGGAACACAGGAGAAGUCGCCAUCUUCAAGUGGUCCAAGGACCACACGCUAGCCAAGGACUGGGGGUUCAACCCAUGCUUUGGCGGUGACAAGUAUCUCAUGGACGACUACGUUGCUUGCAUUAAUGGGCAGAACUACCUCAUUGCCAAACAGAUUACCAAGGAGAACCAGAACGCUGCAAUGGAGUGGCCCAGCAUCGGAUCGGACGAGAAGACGCUGAAGCAGUAUGGCCUUGACCAUGCCACCGUCAUCAACGCCGCCGAGAGGACUCAGGACCGUGCCCAACGGUUCAUACCCCGAGGUCUUGACAACUUGGGAGAGCUGUUCGUCGAUGCCGCUAAGCAGGACGAUGACAAACGCAAGCAGUACAUGACGUACUUCAACGUCCCAGUAUGUGAUCUCAACAAGCUGGACAAGUGGGACACGUACGUGGAUAGCAUUCCUGAUGUCUCAUUCACCGUCUGCGACAAAGCCGACAAUGGGUUCAAAUACACGCGGUUCUGCGUCGCUCAUUUGCUCGCCAAGAAUUGCCGGAAGCUCAGCUUGCCAGGAGGGCAGUGGCCUUACCAGAACAGUAUUUGA